GUCUCGUCGUCGUGGAUGCUCUGGACUCGGCAUUCCUCCGCUUUCCUCUCUUGCCCAUUUCGUCUCGUCCGCACCGCACCUGCGCCACGGCUCCCGCACUCCGCACCGACGCUCCCACCUCUCCGACUCGACAUCACCUCUGGCUUCUGCUUUCCCUCCUGCUUUCAUUCAGUGCUGCUAUCGUCGGUCGUGAUUCCCCGAGGCCAUCGCGACAGCGCCUCACGUGGUCUGCUCCCGCAGCAGGAUUUGUGCUGUGAUCAUCUGGUUUUGUCCACACUCUCUCAUGCCUCCGCUUCCGACGCUUGCUUUCCUUUUCGUUCGUCGUCGUUGUCGUCAACGUCGGCAUGGAUGCCGUCUCGGGCUGUCGUCCGCCGUCGCCUUUUGAGUUCUGAAUUGGUCGAGGAAAGGCCACGAAAGUCGAGGCGAGGCGAAGCGAGGAAGAUGGGGAUUUAUCUGAGCUCUCCGAAGACUGACAAGACAUCUGAAGAUGGUGAAAAUGCGGAGUUGCGGUUUGGCCUAUCUGCCAUGCAGGGAUGGCGCGAAAGCAUGGAAGACGCACACACUGCUAUUUUGGACGUGGAUAACACAUCUACGUCAAUAUUCGGCAUUUUUGAUGGACAUGGAGGGAAAUUGGUGUCAAAAUUUUGCGCAAAGAACUUGCACAGACAGGUUUUGAAAUCUGACGCAUAUGCUAGGGGCAACUUGGGUGCAAGUUUGGAACAUUCUUUCUUGCGGAUGGAUGAGAUGAUGAAAGGAGAAAGAGGAUGGAGAGAUCUUCAGCUUCUGGAUGAAAAGAGUAAAAUGAGCGCCCUACGAGACGGACAGGGGAAUGACGAAAGUGAUAGUACUUAUGGUGACCAUAAAGAUUACCUGGGUCCCAGCUCUGGCAGCACUGCAGUGGUGGCUCUGAUUCGAAGUAAUAAGCUUUUCGUUGCAAAUGCAGGAGACUCACGAUGCAUCAUGUCCCGACGUGGCCAGGCUGUGAAUCUGUCGGUAGAUCAUAAACCUGAGCUAGAGCUUGAGAAGGAAAGGAUUAACAAGGCAGGAGGAUUUAUUCAUGGUGGACGUGUGAAUGGUAGCCUAAAUCUCACACGAGCAAUUGGGGACAUGGAAUUCAAGUAUCAAACAAAUUUGGCACCUGACAAGCAGAUAGUCACUUGCUGUCCAGAUAUCCGAGAGGAGGAUCUGGGACCUGAUGUUGAGUUCAUCGUCCUUGCCUGUGACGGAAUAUGGGAUGUUAUGUCUAGUCAGCAAGUUGUGGAUUUUGUUAGGAAAAGAUUAACUACCGCCAAUACUUUAUCGUCUAUAUGUGAGGAUAUACUGGAUAACUGCCUGUCCCCAAGCACGCGCCAGCAAGAAGGGUGUGAUAAUAUGAGCAUCAUCAUUGUCCAAUUCAAACAAUCGAGUGGUGUAGCCUCUUCGUCAGCAGAUUCAAGUUUAUGACUAUCGUUGGACACCUUUCAGGUCUAUAAACGUAUUUAACGUAAAUUUCUGUGUCCGUCUUGUGGGAAGUCUCAAAUUAGGUCGCACUUUUUCGUAGUUUUAAAUUUUCGUAGAGUUGAAGAAUCCCUAAUUGGGAGGACAGUAGUGUAUCUACGUUUGGCUCUAUUAUGGCUCCUGUUUCUCAAUAUAAUAAUUUCGGAGAGCCAAUCGAACGUCAAAAAGUA